UCACCCUUCCCCGCCUUCUCCAACCGCCUCCUCUCGUCUCCGCCGCUCUUUCUCUAUCUGCCGUCGGAUUUCCGCCGUUUUCUCGGAAUCUCAUCCCCUUACCUCGUCGCUCCUCCUCUUAGAUGUUUAAUCGCUUGUUCUCGAUGUUUCAGAUUCAUGUUUCCGAUUCUUAGUGAAAUUCUCCGUUCCGGUUUUAUGAUCAAUUCUUCUCUCCGACGCCGUACGCAUUUGGUUCAAUCUUUCUCCGUCGUCUUCCUCUACUGGUUCUACGUCUUCUCGUGAACUUCCUCGAUUUCUCUGCCUGAAAUUAUCGAGAUUACCAGAUCGGUUAUUGAUUCGGAGAUUGUUAAUUUCUUUGUAUUGUUCUUAUUUUCGUUUUCGAUUUAGGUUUUUUUUCUUUCUGCGGUAGAUUAGAUAUUCUGUAAUUUGUGUUGUGCUCUGCUGUAAGUUGCAUUGUUAUCAUCUAUCAUCUUCAUCUCUAUGGCUUCUUCGAGCGGAAAUUCCUCUGGUUCCACUAGGCUUCUAAACUCAGGCUCUGAAGAGGAUUUGCAGAUUCUGAUGGAUCAGAGGAAACGGAAAAGAAUGCAAUCGAAUCGUGAAUCAGCGAGGCGAUCUCGAAUGCGGAAGCAACAGCAUCUGGACGAAUUGAUGGCGCAAGUGGCUCGAUUACGGAAGGAUAACGCUCAGAUUCUCUCGAAUAUCAACAUUACAUCGCAGCUUUAUAUGAAUGUCGAGGCAGAGAACUCGAUUCUGAGAGCUCAAAUGGAGGAACUGACGCAGAGAUUGCAAUCGCUCGAGGAGAUCUCUAAUUGCAUCGACAUCGGCGGCAACAAUGGCGGAUUUGGAGAAGCGGAGGAGGAAGCAUUUCAGAUUCAGACUAAUGCGGCCACCGAUAGCUUCAUGAACUCGAUGAAUUUUCUGUAUGUCAACCAGCCGAUCAUGGCCACUGCUGAUAUCUUCCAUUAUUGAGUUCUGAAGGUUUAAUUUCUUGAUAAGAUCUGUGUGUUGGAAAAAUAUGUAUCGAUCUUCUGGUGAUUUCCUUGGGAUUAUUGGAACAAUGUUAAUCAGAUUCAGAUGUGUUGGAGGAAGUAGAAAUGGGGUCCAUAGUUGAAAUUAUUUCUGUUCAAGGGAGUAUUUUGUGCAAAUCUCAACAAAGUUAUGAUCCUCUUUAAUUAUUGUUUAUGCAUUCUAACACGCAACCGGAGCAUAAACUGUUGGAUUGUGAACUUGAA